AUGUAUUCGUCGUCAAAUUCAUUCCUGGGCAGCGCCAACAGUGCUCGCCCCGGUGCUGGAGGUUUUGGCCAGCAACAGCAGUCGUUCGGCACUUUCAAUCAAGCUCCCCAACAGCAAACCCCUUUCGCUCCCCAGCCCACCGGCUAUCCCGGGCAGUUACAAGCCCAGCAAACUGGGUUUCCCGGAUAUGGGGGACAACAGGGCUUUCAGGCUCCGGCUCAACAGCCUCAGUUCACCGGAUACCCUGUCCAGAAUCAAUCGCAGCCGUCCCAAUUUCCUUCGGCACCGCUAUUCCAACAGCAGCAACAACAGCCGCCGCCGCCGCCACCUUUCCAAGCUACGUCUCAGGCACAACAAACGCAGUCCUUUCAAGCUCCGUCUCAAUUGCAACCACAGCCUACGGCCGCGCCAAUUCGACCUCAGCAGACGUCCUCGCAGAUCGCACAGUCUUUCAAUGUCGGGUCUACAGGUGCCGGGCCGUCAAACAGACGUGCCAGCAAGAGCUCGAGCAAAAUCCCAAACAUCCGGCUAUCUUUCAUAACUGCUACAGACCAGGCCAAAUUUGAACAACUGUUUAAAUCCGCGGUCGGCGACAGUCAAGCGUUGGACGGAGAAAAGGCCAGGGAUCUGCUUCUGAGGUCUAAAUUGCCUGGGAGUGACCUAUCGCGAAUAUGGGUAUUGUCAGACACUACCAAGUCCGGGCAACUGUUGUUUCCGGAAUUCGCCUUGGCCAUGUACCUGUGCAAUCUGAGAUUGACUGGCAAGGAGUUGCCUUCGUAUCUUCCGGAGAAGAUCAGGAACGAAGUUUCGAGCAUGGUUGACAUCAUCUCCUUCGGUGUGCCAGAUGACAAGCCGCUCCCGCCGCCUCGUACCAAUGUGCCAGACUUCGACGCCCCUUUGAGGCAGAAUGCCGUCUCCCCUCCUGCGCCGCAAGCACCUCAACCCAAACAGCCGUCAAACCAGCAGCUAUUAUCACAGCUUACUUCUCAGCCGACCGGCUUCUACAAUCAAGCAACGGGCUUUCAACCUGGCUUACAACCACAGCCGACAGGGUUCCCCGGACAGGCACUGGGUAUGCAGGCACAGCCGACUGGUUUCAUGAACACCCCUCAGCCAACGGGGUAUAGUGGUCCUCGGCCACCGCUCCCUCCGAUGCCUACAGGCUUUGCGAGUAGCAUGUCGCCACAGCAAACUGGCGCUCUUCAAGCCCAACCUACAGGUAUACCCGGCCAAUGGGGUUUCGUGAAUACGCCCGCAGGAGGCUUGCCCAACAUUGAAGCUCUGCAGCGACAAUUGAUGCCGCAGUCUGGUCGUGAGGGUGGUUAUACAACUCAAGGCUUGUCUGGCAGCGCCAAGAUUCCAUGGGCAAUCACUAAGGAGGAGAAGAAAAUCUAUGACCAGCUGUUCCGUGCCUGGGAUGGACUGGGCAGAGGUUUCAUCUCCGGCGACGUUGCGAUUGAGAUCAUGGGCCAAAGUGGACUCGAUCGGUCCGACCUGGAACGGAUCUGGACUCUGUCAGACCCCAAUAAUAGGGGUCGCUUGAACAUGGACGAAUUUGCUGUUGCUAUGCAUCUCAUUUACCGAAAGCUGAAUGGCUAUCCCGUUCCUGCUCGGCUGCCCCCUGAACUGAUACCGCCGUCGACCCGCAACAUCAAUGAAUCAAUCAACACGGUCAAGUCGCUGCUUUCGCACGAUGCUGAAGCAAGAAAAUCAUCAGGUGCAUUCCUGCAACCCCAAAAGACAGGCAUCAGCUACCUCAAAGAUCACUCCUUCCGCAGCGCUUCCAGCUCCCCCGGCUUUGGUCGGAAAGACGCCACUGUCUUCCGGAACAAUGACGAUGACAUUGGCUACCGUUCCAGUGCAAGACGCCGCAUCGGAGCCGGUGGCCGAACCCCUUCCCCCGCCCAGUCGUCUGAAGUGUCCGAAUCGUACGAUGAUAUGACCCCUGACCAAAUCCGAAAGAAGAUCCGCGAGAAGAAGAUUCUUUUGGAGGCUACCGAUUUUGAAGACGAAAGGCAAGCAGAGGAUGAGGACGUUUUGGACCGUAGGGACAGAAGAGAGGCAGAAGAUUUGUUCCGCCAGAUUCGUAAUGUACAGGAUGACAUUGACACUCAUCCCAAUUCUGCUUUGGUUGGCUCAGAUACCGGCGCCGAGAGAAGAGCCUUGCGCCGAGAGUUGCAACGAUACCAAGACCGUCUACCUGCCUUGGCGUCGGAUGUUCGCAAGGUUGAAAAGAGCAUUGCUGAGGCAAGAUUGCAGCUAUUCCGUCUGAAAGACGCCAAAGCUCAUCCGAACAGCGCAUCGAAUAUUGUCGGAACUGGUCCAGGCGGUGCAGUAACAGAGGCUGAUCGUAUCAAAGCACGGGCGAGGGCCAGGAUGCAAGCUCGAGCUGCGGAGUUGGCAGGACGACCGAUUCCGGCAUCUGAUGACGAAGGCGCCGCACAGAGGCGUCUUGAACAGGAGACAUCUAAGAUCAAAUCUGAGCAAGAGCGUCAUGAAUCUAUGACCCGGGAUGUUGAGGACAGCGUCAAGGACUUUGUUUCAAGCCUUGAGGAUAGCCUGCGCGAGCAAGGCGGAACUGCAUCGCAGGAGCACGAACGCAGGAGAUGGGAGGAGGCCCUGGGUGUAGAGGACGAGAUCAAGGAGCUCAUUUACGAUCUGCAGCGAAGCAGCAGGACUGCAAGAGUUCGCAAAGAGGAGCAAUCACGCCCUUCCCGACAAUCCGAGUCCCAACAUACUCGGGAAGAACCGAAAUCCAUAAAUGGUGACUUGCCUUCUAGACCGGCGCCGUCGACUGCCUCGCCGUCAUCCCCGGUGACGGCUGGCAUGUCUCACCAGGACCGCAUCGCAUCAGCCAAGGAGAAGGCGCUGAGACGCAUACAGGAAAGAAUGGCGGCCGCUGGUCUCAAACCGGCUGGUGAGACGGGCGAGACGGCGCAACAACGACAGGAACGAGAGAAACAAGAAAGGGCAGAGCGGCUUCGUAAGGCCGAGGCCGAGGAUGCCAAGCGCGAGGCAGAAAGACAACAACGGCUGGCUAAUGAGGGAGUGGCACCUCCCAGUCCAAAGGCCGCAAAGAGACCACCCCCGCCACCCACCCGGAAGACCAGGCAAGAUAGUGCUGAUCAUUCUGACCGAAAGGCGGAAGCGGCAGAGGCGACAGCUCGAGCGAAAGCCGAGGAGGAGGCGGCGGCACAGAUUCGAGCAGAGCAAGAGGCCCAGCAGCAUGAGCGUGAACAGCUUGAGGUACAAGCUAAGGAACAGGAAAACGAGCUUGAAAAAGAGCGCCAAGCUGCUCAAGAACGUCUGCGAGCCCUUGAGGAGCAGGUCAAGGCCGGCAAAAUCAAGAAGCAGGAGGAGAAGGCUCGAAAGAAGGCAGCCGAAAAGGAAGCCAAGGAGAAGGAAGCCAAGCUUGCCGCUCAGAGAGCGGAGCUCGAAGCGGCCAGAGAGAGAGAACGACAAUUGCAGCUGCAACUCGAACACUUGGGUGACUCUUCCUCGGACGACGAUGAGGGUCCUGAACAAGUCACCCCUCAAGAGAGCACACCGGCAACGAGCCAAGUCCUGCCCAGUACGGUCUCAUCUCCUCCGCCAGCGGCUCCUCCUGUGCCUUCCACGAGCAGCGGUCAGGAACCUACUCCUUUGUCCAGUCCGCCGGCAGAAGAAUCGAGGAAUCCUUAUUUCAAGAAACGUACACAGUCAUCGGAGAAUGCCCCACCAGCCUUCUCACCACCGUCUGUCCCGCAAACUCAACCAUUCUCGCCUCCGCAGCAGCCAGCAGCACCAGCAGUGCCGGUUGAUCUACCUUCCACCAACCCGUUCCACCGAAUGGCUCAACAAGAAGCCGCUAAGCCUCUGACUCCCAGCUUUACUGGGGCACAGUCUCGUCGUCGCCCAGAAGAGGAUGAAUGGUCCGCAGCUGGGUCGGACAACGACAACUCCAGUGACGAGGAUGAGCCUCCUGCUGGGGGGUCCGCAAAACAACUUGCGUCGAUCCUCUUCGGCACGAUGGCGCCACCGAGACCUCUUUCCGCCAUGGACAGCAAGCCUGCCACCCCGGUUCAGGAUUCUGCUCCGGCUUCUGCAUCCACUGAAUCUGGUCCGCCACCUCCUCCACCAAUGCCAACAGGUAGCGCGCCGUCAGCACCUCCUCCACCACCGCCUCCAAUGCCUGAUACAGGGGCACCAAGUGCGCCUCCUCCACCUCCGCCAAUGCCUGGUUCUUCAGCCCCAAGCGCACCGCCUGCGGCACCACCGCCACCACCACCCGUGCCUGAGUCAGGAGCAUUCAGCGCUCCUCCUCCACCUCCACCUUUUCCUGAGGUUGCCGCCGCACCAGGUGGCCCUCCUCCACCACCGCCAAUGCCGGCGCCAUCUAGUUCGGGGGCGCCCGGUAUCGGAGCCUUAUUGGGGGAAAUUCAAAAGGGGAAGGGUCUACGACAUGUGCAGACCAAUGAUCGUAGUCAAAGUUCGGUGGCGGGGAGGGUCUUGGGUUAA